GAUUAAUAAUAAUUGCCUCAAAAUCCCCAGAAGCUCAUGGCACGGAAGAUCUGUGUUAUAAAAGCGAACGUCCAGUUCCUUCUCCUAGCUGUUUACUUCUACCUCUAGCCAAGCCUCAAAUCCCGUUGUAUAAUUCAUCUCCGUACCUGCAUCUCCAACACCAAAACAAAAAUAAACCCCACCUAGUACUGUAGCGAGCCUACCUAAGCCAAGCGCUGUUCAACCCCGCCAACCAUCCCAGCAAUCUUCUGCCCGCCAACAUCUAAACCACCAAGCUCCGUUGUCGCAACAUCUUUCAACGCCCACUAACAGGAAAGAACCCCAUUUCAAACAAAUCAAAAUGUCGGACGCAAACCACACCUACAAGUUCAACAUCACCAUGACCUGCGGCGGCUGCUCAGGCGCCGUGGACAGGGUGCUGAAGAAGCUCGACGGCGUCCAAAGCUACGAGGUCUCGCUUGAGAACCAGAACGCUACCGUCGUCGCCGGCCCUGACUUGAGCUACGAAAAGGUCCUCCAGACCAUCACCAAGACGGGCAAGAAGGUCACGGCCGGCGAGGCUGAUGGUGUUGCGCAGAGCAUCGAGGUCCCUUCGGCAUAGAAAACCCCGCUUUUGGGUCGAGGUUGGAAACGAAGAAACGAGCAACCCGGAUGGGAGCAAGGGAAUUACGAUUGCUUUGCUUAUUGACUAGCCGGGCGUUAUAUAUUUUUAAUGGGAAUCUUAUACGUUUUGGACCUUACUUUGGUGUUUGACACACUCCCAAGUUUAGUGUCGCG